AUGUACAAUAAUAAUACCUGCCUGGACAUGAAUGCAGAACUAUGGCGGAAUAGGCGCGAUUGGAGCACUCAGUCAUCUACCAUAUUCAUCUUCGUUUUUUUUUAUGCAGCAAUUAUCCUUAUUGGUAUCAUAGGCAACCUAUGCGUCAUAUUGGCCAUAUCCAGGACUAGGACGCUACAAACAGUACCCAAUAUGUUCAUUUUUUCGUUGAGUUGUUCAGACCUUGUUGUAUGCUUUACUUCAGCAACAAUAACACCGAUCGCAGCAUUCAAAAAAGAAUGGAUUUUUGGUGCUGUGCUAUGCUCCAUAGCACCCUUUAUUGCUGGCGCUUCACUAUGCUUCUCCACGUUUACCCUCUCAGCAAUCUCAGUGGAUCGUUUUUUGCUCAUCUAUUUUCCAACUAGAAAAACUUUGUCCAGGCUGCAGGCAUUAAUCGUAAUUAUGGUGAUAUGCAUAUUAUCUACUUCAUUAUCAGCGCCCGUAAUAUUCAAACAAAGGCUUAAAAGAUUCGGUAAUUACUGUGGCCAAUUCUGCACUGAAGAAUGGGGUAUCGACCAAAGUGGUAGGCGAGUUUAUGGUUCCAUAAUGCUCAGCGUACAGUUCAUUGUACCUCUGGUGAUCAUCACUUUCUGUUACACCGCUAUUUCUUUCAAAUUAGGCAAGGGUAUACUACAAAGAAAUAGAAAGCAUCAUAAUGAGUGGCAGUUAGGAAUGACCGAUCAGCAGCGGGCAGCCAUAAAACGCAGACAACGGACAAAUCGUAUGCUAAUUGGAAUGGUGGUUGCAUUUUCUGCAAGCUGGUUCUUCAGCGUAUUAUUUAACGUUCUCAGGGACUACGAUUGUUUGCCGGAAUGGUGUCAAGAUCAGGAAUACUUUUUUGGGAUUGCAACGCAUUGCAUCGCCAUGUCCUCAACUGUAUGGAAUCCAUUGCUUUAUGCAGCUCUAAACUUGCAAUUGCGUGCUGCUUUCCUGCGGUUAUUGCCUGAAUGUGUAAGGCAACGAGAAGAGCGGAAAAGCGCUACUUACAACUGUAAGCCACUGCUUCAAUCCCGAAAUGUUUUGCGAGAUGAUUUUACAAAAAGUAAGGUACUGAACUGUGACCACAGAAGAAGAUAAUUACUUCCUUCCAUACAGCAAUGCUGGUGGUUGUAUAGUUUAAUGAUAGAGUUGCUGAG